AUGAUAUCUACUUUAUCAUCUUCAUCUUCUUCACCACUAACAACUUCAACUCAUAAGUUGGAAAAUCCAAUAGAAUCACAAAGAAAACGAUAUAAACAUAAUAUGCAAUCCAUGUCAUCCAAUACUCAUCAUCCACAUUUUCAAUUGUCUAAAGACAAUGAAAACAACAACAACCACCACCAUCAACAUCAACAACAACAUGAACCAAAAUAUAUAAGUACUGGAACAUCUUUACAUAACACUAAUAAUGGAACCUUUACCCCAAUCACUCAAACCCAUUCUCAUGAAUAUCUUAUGAUGAUGGGUGAAGAAACCAUCAUCAAUAACAAUAAUAAUAAACUUGACAUAGAAAUGAUUACUGAAGAUAAAUUUUUCCAACCUCAACAACAUAUUGAAAAACCUAAAUAUGAAGAAUGUCCUUGUGGUCAUUUACAUGGACCUGGUCAAAGUAAUCAUCAUGAUAUCCACGCUGUUGGAUUAUCUGAUUUUCCUUUAUUAAGAGGUCCAGAUUAA